GGAGCAUCUAUUAUAAGGAGCAGACUUAUAGGCAUUAAACUUAUUUAUUCUUGUAAAACCCCAGUGUCUGUGUAAAACUGCUCUGAGACAAUUUCCACUUGUACAAAUGAAUAGUUUUUCCAUCUUCAGUCUGAUGGGAUACCCGCAUGCGUGAUCACGUGUGAUCACCAUGUUUGUGAUGCACACAGGUUUAAUCCAUUCAUCCAUGACAGCAAGGUGACAGGAAGUGAUCCACGGUUUCAGACACUCCCACACCAGGCUUUAAUAAAUUGCUCAGCAGAGCUCAGAGCCUCCAAACCGCAUGCUGAAUCUUCUUCCAGCUGGUAGAAUGAGGAAGGUGUUCCCGUGGCUGGCAAACGUGUCCCUGUAUAGCACCCUGUACGCCGGCGGGGACCUGGUCCACCAGCGCGUGACGCGCCGCCACGGCGCCGAGAUUGACUGGCGGCGCACGCGGAACGUGGCGCUGGUGGCGUUCUGUUUCCAUGGCAACUGGAACUACUUUUGGCUGCGCGCGUUGGAGCGCCGCUUCCCGGGAAGGUCCAUAUCCAUGGUGCUCUCCAAGGUGGCGCUGGAUCAGAGCUUCUCCUCGCCUCUAGCCAUCAGCGUCUUCUACACAGGAAUGAGUCUGUUGGAGGGUAAAGAGGAUAUAUUUGAGGCCUGGAGGGAAAGAUUCUUCAACACAUACAAGUCGGGACUCAUGUACUGGCCCUUUAUGCAGUUCAUGAACUUCCUGUUGGUGCCGCCGUUCCUGCGCACGGUGUUCAUGGGCUGCUCGGCGUUCGUGUGGUCCGCGUUCCUGUGUUUCUCGCAGCAAAGCGGCGACGGCACAGCGGCUAUGGCUCUUGACUGGAUAAUCAGCCCUGAGAAACGGAUCAUCAGCCACAGCACUAACGAGGAGAAGUGAUGGAUGUGAAGGCACAUGGGAAACGCAACUUUGGUGCCUUCUCUUAUACUACAGACCCGUAUGAAAUGACGCACAAUAAUGAAUUAUCUAACUUAUAUAUUGAAUUUAUAUAUGUAUAUAUUGAAUUUUCCUCUGGGGUGAAUGAAGUGGGCUAGAAAGCUAAAAAUAUGUACACUGUAUGGACAAAAGUUUGUGGACACCUAAUUGAUAUGUGCUUUUUAAAAUCUUAUUCCACCGUUAGUUUCUAUUCGCUCUUAUAAUAAGCUCUGCUCUUCUGGAAAGAUGUUCCACUAGAUUACUGUGUGUGCUUGUGGAGAUUUAAAGGUGUUGGGUUGAGGGUCUAUAGCAGGAGAUGUUCAACUGAAACCCAUGUUGUACACAUCCUAUACAAUUGUGUCCUUCCAGCUUUGUCACACAAGUGGGUGGAAAUGUCAGGUGUCCCAAUACUUUUGUACAUACUGUAUAUACUGUGUGUGUGUGUGUGUGUGUGUGUGUGUGUGUGUGUGUGUGUGUGUAAGUUUAUAUGUAAAUGUUACUUGACAUAACUUAAGACAUAUUUUAUUUUCCACUGACUGGAUCCCUCACGUGUACAAGCAUGUGCUGAUUGAUCCACAUCCCAGUUAUUAUAAUCAUAUUAAUACCAUUCAGAAAAUUGUUUUUGGCUCCUCUGGAUUUUUCAUCCUCAUCAUUGCAUUUAACUACACAAAGCACUGUUGUGUUUUUAACAUUUAAUAUAUUAUUACUCAUUUAUUUAUACUGCAGAACAGGUACUUUCUCAAUUCCGAUUGGUCUGAAGGUGUAGAUUAUCCUCAUUAACAUACUUUUGAUACCUCAUGUUUUGUUUAGCAACAUCUUAUGAUUUUUGUACGGGAAAACAUGCAAGUAUAUAUAUAUAUAUUUAUAUAUAUAUUUAUAUAUUCAUAUGCUGUUAACUAUGUACUGUAACAGUCAAUGGCAAAGCUGUGUUUUUUUUUUUUUGCUGAUUACCAUAAAAUGUUAUAUAUAAUGUAAAAUGUGUAACAUAUAUAUGUUAUAUUUUAAAAUGUUAUUGCUAACGUGUUGGUUUCGUAUGUAAGUAAA